CAAAGAAGAAGAAGAAGAAGAGAUCGCCAUCAGCAGCUCAAAACAAAAUUCGUUUUUCGCGCGGGCAGUGAACGCUUGUUUCAUAUUGAAGACGAAGAGACGAUAAUUUUUAGAAUAUUCAGUGAAUUUAAAUCCGUUUCAAAGUAAGACAAUGGACCAAGAGAAGGCAACUCAACUGCCAAUGUCCCGGAUACGAACCGUGAUGAAAACGUCCCCUUCGAUCAAGCAAAUUAAUCAGGAUGCGCUGUUCUUAAUGUGUCGCGCUGCGGAGUUGUUCAUUGACUUCAUCGCCAGACGUGCACACAAGAAGGGCACAAAAUUGUUGGACUACAAACACUUAGCAACGUACGUGGAAUCAGAAGAGUCGUUGGAAUUCCUGGUGCAAAUACUGCCAAAGAAGAUCACUGUCAGCCAGUAUAAAAAGAUCAUGGAGCAGAAAAAGAGCAAGGGUACGGAAGACGAUGACGACAGCUCGAGCGAGGACGACAGCAGUAGCAGCGGGGAAGAAUCCGGUGACGACGAUUCGGACUCCUCUUCGGGAAGCGGCGAAGAAGAGGAUGACGAUGACGAGGGUAAUCAGAAAAAUGACGAUACGGACAGUGUAAUCUCGAUCGAUUCGUCCAGCUCAGAUGAGAAGGAAAAUUCCAAGAACAUGAGUAACAAAAAGACACCCAUCAAGCACAAGACCGGUGAUUCGCCUUAAGAUCUAUCAUGUUUAGAAGUAGGGAAGCAAGGCUAAGGCUGAUAAGUUUGUAUUAAAUAUACUUCCAAAAAUCAUUUUAAUAAAAUAUUCUACCAAGUAUCCACGAUUCAGUUAACACAAUUUAAUAAACAUUGUAUUUUAACAUGUUUACUGUGAAAAUCUUAAA